AAUAUGUUGAAACUUUAAAUCAAAGAGCCCAGUCUUGCUCUAACACUGUCCCCAAAUGCGUUGUUAAAAAGUAUUGAUGUAUUAGGCAUAAAAAGAUCCAGGUACAUCUUUGUCGUUUAAGUGAAUUACCUCAGUUUACCAAAGGCGAGCAGGGAGGGAGAGGAAGAGAGGCAGAAACUAGGGCACUGUUAUCUGGCCUCUUUUUACCAACCACUAGGCACAAGGCAGAGAAUGAAAAAGAGAGAACCUUGAAGAGCAGGAGAGACAAAAGAAGACAUCAGCAGUGUGGUGAAGGCAGCAAAACAUCCGGAGACAAUGUUCGAUGUCAAGGACUGAAGACAAAGAAGAACAGGAGCACCUUCCACUGCAGUCUGCGCAAUCACUUGCACAACUGACGCAAACUGGUGGCAAACACGUGCACGGACCCGCACACCCCUACGGCUUAGUGCGCACAAACUUUGAGCAGCAACAUGUUUGAAGAGCAGGCAACAAAGGUCAAGAUCAUAUCUGUGGUGAUCAUGGUGGGCAUGUCGGCGAUGCUGGCUGCAGUGGUGACCGACCACUGGGCUGUCCUGAGCCCCCGGGUGGAGAGGCUCAACGCCACAUGUGAGGCGGCCCACUUUGGCCUCUGGAGGCUUUGCAAGAAGAGCAUCUUCAUGGUGAAAGAAGACCCUCAGGGCAAAGGAUGUGGCCCCAUCAGCUUACCUGGAGCAAAAAACUGCUCCUACUUCAAACACUUCACAUCGGGUGAAGAAGCUGAGGUUUUUGAAGUGAAGACCCAGAAAGAGUACAAUAUCUCAGCUGCAGCCAUCACCAUCUUCAGUCUGUUCUUCAUGAUCCUGGGCACUCUGUGUGUGAUCUUUUCCUUUGGAAAAGGCCGAGACUACUUGCUCCGACCUGCUGGGAUGUUCUUUGCCUUUGCAGGCCUUUGCAUUAUCAUCUCUGUUGAGGUGAUGCGCCAGUCUGUCAAGCGAAUGAUCGAUAGCGACGAGACCAUUUGGAUUGAAUACUAUUACUCCUGGUCCUUUACCUGUGCCUGCGCCUCCUUCACCCUGCUCAUCCUCAGUGGAGCUGCCCUCCUUCUUAUCUCCAUGCCCCACAUGCCUCGUAACCCCUGGGAAACCUGCAUGGAUGCUGAGCCGGACACCUUGGAUUAGCUAUGAGUGAUUUUACAGGAAUCAAUUGUAAACAGAGUUUUAAAAAAGCUGUUGGUUGUGUAUCUUUUAACCCUUUAACUUUGUGUAGCUCAAGUAAAAGUUGUUAGGUUUACUUAGAAUUAGGAUAAAAAAUUUUUAGCUGUAUUUUCUUUCUUCCUUUUUCAGACAAUAUUCCAAAAUGUAAUCUCCACUGGUUUUAAAUUCAAAUUUAUGCAACAUUAACGAUUUUAAAUUACAGUGCCUUGCAAAAUUCUUUUUGUCUUGUGACCUUUUUCACAUUUUGUUGUGUAAAAAUCACAAAUUUCAAUAUAUUUUUGGGGGGGAUUCUUGCCAUGGACCAACACAAAAUAGUUCUCUGUGAAGAACCUGUUUGUCAAAUAACAUUAGAAAACUGAGCAUCAUGAAGACAAAGGAACACAGCAGACAGGUCAGGGAAAGUAAAGCAGGGUUUGGUUACAAAACAAUAUGUCAGUCUUUUCAAUCUAUCAUUCACAUAUAGGGAGGAUAUGGCACAACCACAAACCUACCAAGACAUGAAUGCCCACCUAAACCGAGCAGAAAGGAGAGCAUUAAUCAGAGAAGUAACAAAGAGAUCCAUGGUAACUCUGGAAGAGCUGCAGAGAUCCACAGUUUAAGUGGGAGAAUAUUUUGACAAGGAAGCUUUUAGUCAUGCACUUUGCAAGAAGAAAGCCAAUUUUCUAAGAAAGCCUUAAGAAGUCUCAUAUAAAGGUUGCUGCAAGUCACGUAAGGGGGACACAUCAAGCAUUUGGAAGAUAGUGCUCUGGUUAGAUGACAACAAACGGCGCUGCACAUCACCCUGAACCCAUCAUCUCCAGAAUGAAACAUAGUUGUGCCAGCAGCGUGCUGUUCAGAUGCUUUUCUUCAGCAGGAACCAAAAACUGGUCAGAGGGAAAGGAGUAGAGGGAGAAACAGCAUGAGACUGGAAGAAAACCUGUUUGGAGCUGCAAAGAGUUGAAACUGCAAAUGGAGGUUCACCUUCCAGUAGGACAAAGACCCUAAAUAUCAAAGAAUAUUAAUGUGUUAGAAUUACCCUGUUAACGUCCAGACCUAAAUUAAAAUGGAGUCUGUGGAAAGGCUUUAAUAUUGCUGUUCACUGAGUCCCUCCAUCUCCAUCUGACCAAAGUUGAAAUGUUAUUUUGUGUUGUUCGUUUGCAUAAAAUCCCAAAAAAGACAUUGAAGAUUGUGGUUGUAAGGUAAAAAGAUGUGAAAAAGAUCACAGGGUAUGAACACUUUUGCAAGGCUCUGUAUUCGCAACAUAUGUAUUUUUAAACUGCCAUUAUAUUCUAAAAAUACAUAUUGAGAUUCAUUUAAGGCUGUAAGUAUAAUAGCUAUGAUAUUUAGGAAAAUUAAACCGUUUUGUACUCCCUUUACCUGUAAAUGAAGCAUCAGUUCUACUGCUAAUCAUUUAGUGACUGCUCGAUAAAUACCUAAUUUAGACAAACUCCUUUUACCCAGUUGUUUCACGUAUUGUUAGUCACCUGUGCCUAAUGUGUUUUGAUGAAUCACUGUGGCCCAGCAGUCAUUCAGCUGAUGCAGGUGCAGUGAAAUUAAAGACCCCUGAAGGAUGCCGUUUCACAGGAAAAGAAAAUUUGAUAGGAACAUUACUCAGCUGAGGCUUUUUACUGGAGUAAUCAGGACAAACCUGUUAUCAUAGUUAUCACACUGUGACAUCAUGACAAUAUGGCAUUACAUUUCAAGCUUUUUAAUAACUACAUUUAUUAGAGCUAAAUUACAGCUCAAAGUGUUAAUGUUAUCUAGUAAGAAUGCGAGAUGGUAGAUCUGAGUGGUUAUCUAAAAAUCCAAAAUGUGUGUUUUUUCUUUGCUGUGUCAUGAGAGCAGGCCGGAAAUUAUAUUAAUCAUGUAUAAUUUAUAUAAGCAUUUUUACAUAAGAUUAAUAUUUGUCUUUUUCAGAAGAAUGAAUAAAAUAUUUAAGUCCUCCAAA